AUGCGGAAAUUUAAUGACAAAUCUGCCCCUGCAGGAAUUACUGCAGCACGUGUAGUGAUGGUGGUGACUUUGCUAGUCUUACAAGGCGUCGAUGCUUCCACCCAUGCGACCUUGCUGUUUGAUCAACUCUUUACGAACUACCAAAGUGGGGUUCGUCCUUAUUGUGGUAACAACAAUGCCACCAGCGUACGGCUAGAUCUUGCUCUCAGACAAAUAGUUGAUUUGGAUGAGCCAUCACAGAUUUUAACCCUAAAUCUUUGGGUAAGAAUGUUUUGGACAGAUUGUCAGCUGACUUGGGAUCCGACUGCUUACGGUGGCCUAGGAAAUAUCGUGGUACCAUUCAAAUACGUGUGGGUUCCUGAUCUGACUCUGUAUGAUAGCACAGCGGAUGACUUUCCUGGCUACGAUGAUUACAGGUUAAAUAUCUAUUCAGACGGUUCAGUUUAUUACAAUUUCCCUACUAUCACACAAAGUAGAUGCCUGGUGGACGUGGAAAGUUUUCCCUAUGACACUCAGACGUGUGGAAUGACGUUCGGAUCAUGGUCACACCAUGGUCUUGAGAUGGAUCUCGUCUACAAGAACCCAUAUGGAGACCUCACGUCUUCCGUUGUAAACGUUGAAUGGAACAUUACUGGUUUCACUGCUGAACGUAACGUCGUGUAUUAUGGUUGCUGCCCUGAGCCCUAUCCCGACGUUACGUAUUAUCUAAAAAUGAAGCGGAAACCAGCCUUCUAUGUUGUAAAUAUCAUUAUCCCAUCCUUUCUGAUCACCGGGAUGGCAAUAAUUGGUUUCUUCUUACCCGUUGAAUCUGGUGAGAAAGUGUCCUUACAGAUCACCGUGAUGCUUGCCUUAGCAGUGUUUCAGCUCCUGGUGGCAGACUCCCUCCCACCUUCAGCGGAUGCUACUCCAUUAAUCGCGAUUUACUUCAACUUUUGUCUGUUCCUCGUUGGGUUUGCCUGUGUUAUGUCCGUUGUCACCUUGACCAUCCACUAUCAGCAACAACAAACCAUGCGACGCUGGGUAGACAAGAUAUUCCUCCGAGUUUUAUCUAAAUUCACGUGGGUGUAUGUGCCGGAACUACAGGAAGAUUCCAAGGAAGAGGACGAAUCGACGACUCAGAAUGAUGCCUCUUCGCUUACACAAGUCAAUGGAGUGACUACAACAAGAGUAACGGUGAGGCCAGUUUCUUCGAAAAUUGGCACAGAGGUAUGCAAAAGUAAGAUGAAACCGUUCAUAGACGUCACAGAAGACCAUUGGAUAGCCUUGGCGAAAGUGGUAGACAGGCUUGCUUGUAUUACAUUUGUUCUCAUGGCCUUUUGUGGUACCGGUAUUGUGUUUAGUAAAUUUAAUAGCGAUUAA